GUGGUGACGUCACGGUUGCCAUGGAGAGGCCAGCUUCGUAGAGACCCUGGGCUGGUAGCGGCUUUGAAACCUUGUUCUCUGGCACCAUGAGCGGACGGAGUAGGGGUCGAAAGUCUUCCCGCGCCAAAGGCCGGGGCAAAGGCCGGGCCAGAGCCCGGGUCCGGGCCGCUGCGGAAGACGCCUGGCACGACGAAAAGCCACCACAGAGCCCGCGGCUCGGGGAGGACUCCGCGGCCGCGCAGGUGCAGGCCGGCGCAGCUCAAGGAGGCGCCGAACCAGCCGAGCUGCGGGAAGAGGCGGCCUGCCGCCUCCCGCUGGACUGCGGCCUGGCGUUGCGGGCUCGGGCUGCAGACGAGCGCGGGCUGGCGGCCCCUGAUCCGGACCUGGAGAGGGCCCGUUCCCUCGCCGAGCGCCUGACCAGCGACACCAGCUUCGUGGGAACCGUGGGAGCCUUGGCGAAGCUGCGACGCGGCUCCCGCAUUGGAAAUCGGCGAGUCCCCGGGAGGAAGGCCCCAGAUACUCGGAGCGCCACGGGGAGGGGACCUCAGGCCACAGUUAGUGGGAAGCCGAAGAUGGCCUCUGCGGGGUUGUGCGCCGCUGCUCCAGUGGGGGAGGAAAAAAAGAUGACAGAGAAGCAUGCUGGGGCAGGGUCUCCCGCGACAGUGGGCAGCAUGGAUACCCUAGAGACGGUCCAGCUAAAGCUAGAGACCAUGAAUGCACAGGCUGACAGGGCAUAUCUCAGGCUUUCACGCAAGUUUGGCCAGUUGCGACUUCACCACUUAGAGCGCCGGAACCUCCUCAUCCAGAGCAUUCCGGGCUUCUGGGGGCAAGCUUUUCAGAACCAUCCCCAGCUGUCAGCUUUUCUGAAUACCAAAGAUAAGGAGGUAUUGAGCUAUUUGAACAGACUGGAGGUGGAAGAACUUGGCCUUGCCAGGUUGGGCUACAAAAUCAAGUUCUACUUUGGCCGAAACCCCUAUUUCCAAAACAAGGUGCUCAUUAAGGAAUAUGGCUGUGGUCCAUCCGGUCAAGUGGUGUCUCGUUCAGCUCCAAUCCAGUGGCUCCCAGGCCAUGAUCUACAAUCCCUAAGCAAGGAAAACCCAGAAAACAAUGGUAGCUUCUUUGGGUGGUUUUCAAAUCACAGCUCUAUUGAGUCUGACAAGAUUGUUGAGAUAAUUAAUGAGGACCUGUGGCCCAAUCCUCUACAGUACUACCUGAUCAGUGAAGAAGCCCGUGGAGAGAAAGGAAAGGAAGAAAGGCCAGGUCCAGCAAAACUGAGCCCUGCACCUGCAGUGAGGCAGCCCAACUGAUCCGACACAGAUCUCCCUACCACCUCUUGCUGGACCUGUUAGGCUGACCACGUGGGUUUGGUUGUCUGCCUUCUGUUCAUACCAUACAUGGUAGCCACUUUGGACUUAUCUUCAAGAAUGUGACAUUUGUGAUAAUAUUCUCUGCUUCCCCAUGACCUCACCUUGUCACAAUAGUGUUGCAUGUGUGACAUUCUCACUGUUUGUGUAUCAAUCACUUCUGAUAUAUGACUUUCUCUACACUAUCCAGUCCCUGUUCUUGGCUCUGGCUCUUCCCACUUUCCUUUCACCUGGACAUUCUGAGUCAUUGUCCAGAUGGAUAUUCAAGCUAUGCUACUUCAUGGCCAGUCAGCUGGGCUUUGUGUCCAUUUUAAGCAUGCAUGUUAUCAGUGGCAAGAUUUUUCUAUUGCUAUCACAAAAUGAAGCCAGUGCUUUUAUUCUGUGGGUAUGGAGACAUCAACCAAGGUUCUUCCUAUUUUGUUUCCCACUUCAGCCUAGGUCCAGCAGACUACUGGUGUGGAUGAGGACAAGGGAAAACAAGAAUAUGUUCUGUUCACAUCAUACAUCUCUUCUUGCCUCAUAGACAGCCUGCUAGUGAACCCUCAUCAUGGUCUGGCUAUGCCUGACUGCAGUCAGUCCAUUGACUGUUGGCUAGGUGGGUGUUAUUGGCUCCAUCUUGCUUAUCAAAGACCUCAAGAACUGCCUAUGGACCCAGGUACCUUCCCAAUGCAUGAGCUACAAACCCACCUUCCCCAGACUUUAGAAAACCUACUGCUUGUCAGAUUGGUGGGCAGCCUGGCAUUUGUGAACAUAUGCUUGUUGCUCUCAUGUUGUGAGCCCUGAGAAGGGUAGAGCUUUGGACCACAUCUUUAUCAACUGGGUAUCUGUGCCAUUUCUCUUAUUCCUUAUUCCUUGCUAAGAAGGGACAAGAAGGAAUUUUGAGGAAGAGAGAUUUUUCAUUUCUAUGCCCAUGUUUACGUCACACCUUCAUGCAACUUAGUCUCCUUCCCUAUCAACCUACCUUGGGACUUCCUACUCUCCUUAUGAACCCUCUCCCAGCCUUUUAAAAUAGCAUCACAGUGCAGACAAAAAAAAAAUCAUCAACCAGACUUUUCUACAUACAGUUAGGGAGGCAGAAAGAGGCUUCCUUUGCACACUCAUGUAGUAGGCUGAGAUAGGAUAAAGAAAAACCAAAAGGUCUCAAGAGAGUCUAUGGUCAGACAUAGGUCCUGAAUCCUGGCUUUGUUCAGUAGUUCUAAAGUUGUAUGCAUCUGCUAGAAUUAGAAACCCUAAGGCAGCAGUGUUGUGGUCUCUUGUGUCUUCUGUCUGUUUCUUUUUAAGUCCCAGGGGCUUCUUCCUUUUGUCUCAUUUGAUAGCCUAUGCCACUGGGGUCCCCAGCCCCCAGCUUUCCCACUCAGUAGUGCUUUGCUAUCUUUGUUUCUUAGCCCAAAUGUACUCACUAUGGAAGAAUCCCAAGGUGUUACUGGGGACAGGACAGGCAGAACCUGUUCUAGAUAUUUCUGGUAAGUGUGCAGGCUGAGCUGGACCAUCUCUACCAAAGUUUGUCUGUGUUCUGACUUAUCUUCUUUGGAAAGUAGAACUCUGUAAGCCAGCCCCCAUGCUGGUAUGGAAGACUUCAUUCUUACCUUUGUGAGGGGGUCCUUGAGAAAAUAGGCAAGGGAAUCAGGGCAAGAUAGGUAUGAACCUGGUAUUGAGUGGGUCAGUAAAACUUGAUAGAAAUGCAUUGUGAUGCUGCAGAGAUAGUUAUCCUAUCUCUUAGUGAUGAAGGUGACAGAAGAGACCUUACUCAGGGUUGGGAUGGGAGAGUUAAAGGUGUAUGUAAACAAGAUGCCAGGUCAAGGAUGGAUUCAGAGUUCUGGGCAGUCUUCAUCAUCGUUAGUUAAUUUCUUUUUUUUUUUUUUUUUUUUGUAAUUACAGAAACAAACCAAAAGUAAUGUUACUAUAUUGGGUAGAAGUUACAUCCUAAAGUGUGUAAGAUUAUGCUAAAUGCUGAGUAUUUGUCCUCUAAAAUCUUACCACAUUUUGUAUUUUUGUCUAAUGAGGAAAACAGAGCUGUAUAAGUUUGCUUUUGCUAUUUAUUAUGUAAAUUUCCAAAAAAUAAGAGUGAAGAAAGUGGUGCCUGGACCCUGUGUACCUUGUAGCUAGAAGCAAUGAGUAACCUAAUGUCAUCUGUAUCUUCUUCCUCCUGCAUUUUUCGUGAAAGUCCAAGUGCAUAUACCAGUGCAGCUGGAUCUACUUUGGGAGACUGGGGCAUUGAGCUGAAAUGUGCACUCUCAUGAUCACAAUAACUCCACUAAUGUGAAUUUUGUGUGAACUGAUGAUAUUUUUAGAAGUGGGACUCAUAAAUGAGUCUUCACAAUUAGUGGAACUCAAAAGAGCAUUGGUGAGGAUAUUCUGCCACAGAUACAAAAGAAGAGACCAUUAUGUUGUAAAUCUGCCUAUGACCCUGAUGUAAGGCACUUGAGACCCUUUUCUCCUUUGUAACAUAGAGACUUGUAUGGACUGUUAGGGUUGCUGUGUUCUGUGAAAAUAAUCAAAUACAACAUAAUCUUUUCAUUAGUUUCUGUAGUUGAUAAUUUGAUAUCCUGGUAAUAAUGUGAUUAUUUCCCUGUUCCUAAGUGGCAUAAAUACUUGCAAGUGUGCAUGUACAAUGGAAAAAAAAUAAAAAAAAUAUUCUUGUGUCA